AUGUCUAAAGAAAUGCAAGAGCUACAGAAGCAGUGGCACUCCGUGGUGCAGUCCAUCCACAGCAACUCAAAUGUCGUUGCAUUUAUGAAUUCUCGUGUUGGCCAGUAUUUAGAUGACCACCCUUUUGUUGCCUUGUCACUCCUGAUGUUUAUUGCAGUGUCUGCUAUUCCCGUUGCAUUUUUCCUGAUUUUUGUUGUUACAACAGCCAUAAUGGCCUGUAUCGGUGUGAUAGUUAUGGAAGGUGUUGUAAUAGCCGUAGGUGGCAUAGCCCUCCUUUGUGUGCUGUGUGGCCUGGGUGCGCUUUCACUGGGAGUUUCUGGAGUACUGAGUGUUUGUUACAUCGUUCUUUCAUCGCUGGUCAACUACUGGUAUGCUUCAAGGGGUCAGAUGAAGCAAGAAGUUAAUGGAAGUUUGCCACAGAAGAGUCCUUCUGUCUUGGAUCUUUCUGCCAAUAAUGGAAAGAAUGAAUAA